AUGGGAACCGACACGCCGGUGGAGGAGCUGUCACUAUACCAAGCGACAGCGAUGACUUCACCGCAGGAAGGCAAGAGCGAUGUUUUCGCGCCCGUAUUGGCAACAGCUUCAAUCGAGGACAACCUCACCGCCACUGAGCCCCAGGCCGAGAUCGCGAUCAGCGAGCUGGAACCCCAGCAACCUACAGAAAACGUUGCGCAGAACGAUGUCGAAGAAGAUGUUGCAAUCAAGCAACACUUGUCGAAUGAACAAAUGCCGGAGAUACCUAGUGUGCCAGAAGAUGGGAUGGCUGGUUCAAAUGGCGCAGGACAGGACAUGGCCCCUCAGUUUGCAAAUCACUACCCUCAGGACAUGAUGGGAGGUCUGCCAAACGCUGGACUGUUCUUUGAUCCCUACACUGCCUCAUUUCCCCCGAUGAUGGAUGGACUUCCAGCGAUGCAAUCUGAUAUGGGUGCUCUUAUGAUUGCACAGCAGCCCUACUUGGACCCUUCACCAAAUAUACACGAGCUCCCGCAGCACCGCGUCUCGGCUUUUGCCAAACUAGAGUUCGAAGAUGGAGACUUCUACAUAAGUACUUAUUCCAUUAUCUUAGGUCGCGAUCUAGCAGCUCAUCGUGCUGCUGUCCGCCGAGAAGAAGAGGAGAAACGAAUACAAGAGGAGGGUGCAACCCCGAAGACGCCUUCUCGAAGAUAUCACGAGAGCCGGCAAGCCAAGUCGAUCGUCAGCGAGAGCGGUGGAAUCCUGCGGGACGGAAAUGAUUCUGAUGGUGAAGAGAGAGCUCAGAGACGCAGACUGAAGAAGGCUAGCAAAGCAAGCAAAGCCAGCAAGAGAUCUAAGUCAACCGGGUCGUCAUCUCAUCACCAGUCGAGGAGAAACUCUGGGGCCCCGCCAGCAAAUGAGCAUGUCUACCAACCUCAACCACAAGUCAGACGUUCCGCACCAGGCAUAGGCGAUGCCGCACCACUCGAUCCAGAGAGCUUUCGGCCAUCCCCCUACGAAUGCCCUGUCAUUGGGAUUCAUCCUCCAGCCGAUGCGCCAGCUUCCCUCUACAAGAAUAUCUCUCGAAGGCAUGUCAAGAUAAAAUUCAAUCAGAAGAAGCAUGUUUGGGAGGCUCACUUCCUAGGGAGAAAUGGAGGAUUCGUUGACGGCGACUUUCGGCCUUGCCAGGCUGUCAUCCCUUUGCAUAGCGGUAACGAACUACAGAUCGGCGGCGUUACUGCAAGAUUCGUCCUACCAGAUGUUGCGCUUGGGGAGACCGGGGGGGACGAUAUGGCCCAACGUGAGGAUGGAGAGGAUGAACCUUACCAGCGGGGUGGCAAGCAAAUGAGCUACGAAUUCGAAGACGCCCAUGGGAAUGGGAAUUUACGAGACACGAGCGACGAGGAGUCGGAAGCUGUUGGUGGACGUGGUGAGGAAGGGGAAGAUGGUGAAGAUGAAGAGGGAGAGGAGGAAGGAAGUGAUGGCCAAGAGGAUGGUGAUGAAGAAGGCGACGACGAGGAUGGCGAGGAGGAGGAAGUAGAGCAUAUUGGGCGAUCACCACAGGGUUUCGGAAACGAGGAAGAUGUCGAAACGAAAGCCGACCAACAUCAACUGAGCCUCAAGCCGGAGAGAAAACGUGGCCCUGGUCGACCCCCCAAAAACGGCUUCAUGUCAAAACGGGAGCAAAGGGAGGCCAAGAAGGCGGCGGAGUUAGCAGCCCAAAGCCAGCCCCAACAAAAGCCCGCGAAGAAGACGGUGCCUCCAGCGUCUGGAGCACCCGCACCAGUCAAAAACAAGGUCGGUCGGCCUCGAAAACACCCUCGUCCAGAGGAACCUCCUGAGCCCAGAGAGAAGAGAAAGUACACCAAGAGGAAACCGAAAGAACCGAAGGAUGGAGAAGCCAAGCCAGAAGGAUCCGAAGAUCAAGCGAAAGAGAAGAAGGACAAGAAGCCACCCAAACCACCUCGUUCGCCAUCGCCGCUUGCCAAACCUAACGCCAAUUACGUGACCCUCAUCCACGAAGCUUUGUCAAACUCAGCGACUGGACAAAUGUCCCUGCCUCAGAUAUACAGAGCUAUCCAAAGAAAGUAUCCUUACUUUGUCCUCAAAUGCGGUACAAAUGGAUGGCAAAGUAGUGUGCGCCACAAUUUGUCGCAGCACCACGCGUUCACAAAAGUAGAACGGGAUGGAAAAGGAUGGAUGUGGGCCAUUGUCGAGGGCGUCUCCAUUGAGAAAGAGAAGAAGAGAAGGCCUAGUCCUCCACCCCCGCUUCAUCCUGGCCAAAUGCAACAAAUCUACCCGCAUCAGAUGCAGGGAUAUCCGUACGGCACUGGAAUGAUGGGACCCCCGGCACCCGGAUAUCAUCCGAUGCAGCCUCACCUCAUCCAACAUGGUCAGCCACCUGCGCAGAUGGGGCCGCAAAUGCACAUGAAUGGACCUGUGCCUCCACAAGGCGUUCAUCCGCCCCUCAACGGCAUUCCGCAUCCAGGUUUCCCACCUGCGAUACCGGCUCAAUUAAAUGCGCCUAACAAUCCUCAACUUUACAGCUCUCCAUACGCACCGAAACCACCUCCACCAAGCGAACCUCAGCCCAACGAUCAACGUGGACCUGUCGAGGAGGAGCCUCACGCUCCACCUCAGCCGUCGACAGUGAAACCUGAACCAAUUCAGCAGUCCUUGCCCAUUCCGCAACCGCAACUACCGCAACUACCGCAACAAGCUGAGCAAGCUCAACAGCCGCAAGCGCAAGCGCAACAGCAGCCCACCCCUCAAGCGACACAAUCGCUCCAGCCGCUGCCUCCAGUCCAGGCUCCGCAGGAGCAAAGAGCACAGCAGCCACCCGUUCCAAGCCCUCCUGAACCUCCGAAAUACAAUGACGUCGUUAUGCGAGCCGUUGACACAUUCAAAUCGAUGUUAUUGACUCAGAUGAAGGAGACUAAUGCCAACGCGGAGGAGCUUGUCAACUCGGCGGUGAACCGAGUUCUGGGAUUCGCUACCGAAAGCACUGUCCCUGGCGAUCCACAUGAAGGUGUCCUCAUGAGCACACUGCAAAAAAUUCUCAGCAGCAUAGCUGGCUCUGAUUUCCCGUCGACGGCUGACCAACCGAACGACCAUCGUUCACUGGCGCCUCAAAGUCACGCAAAUCAGAAGGCAAUACAAGAAAGUUCUUCUCAGCCGUCUGUCAAAGCUACUGGCGAGAAGCCUACAGUCAUGCGGCCAUCCUUCACGGGACAGAGCCAGAGUCGUCCCAACGGUUCUUCCGUCCCUCGACCGCCAAUGACGACCCAUGGAAUGGCGCACACCAAUUCUGGAGGUCCUGUUAAUGCACCCAGCCGGCUAAGUGGUUCUUCCGCCUCACCUGCACCUGCAGCCGCACAGGGAUCCCCUAAUGGAGCCAGCACACCAAAACAGUCUCCGAAAGAGCCCGCUCAGCUUGCUGGCCAGAAGCGGCCUCUCGAUGAUGCAGAUGACAUGCGAGAAUUCAAGAAGCUGUCAACUGCUGGUCCGCCUCAGCUGAAAACCUGA